AUGAUCAUUACGAGUGACGAUUUUGAGGAAAUAAGUCGCGCUUCACAGUGUUGUUUAUGUCAAAAGGACUUCACUCCUUAUGAAAAAGUGCACUCUAAUAUAGUAAGACAUCACAAUCAUUUAACAGGAGACUUUAUUGGAAUGGCUCACAACCAAUGCAAUUUGAAAUGCAAGCAGGCGAAACAUACGUGCGUCAUUUUUCACAACUUGAAGAAGUUUGAUGCGCACAUCAUCUGCCAAAGUAUUGGUGAGUUUAAGGGGGAAAAUCUUAAAUGUAUUGCCCAAAGUACAGAAAACUAUGUGAGUUUUUCCCUAGGUAACUUGAGAUUCAUUGACAGCUUACAGUUUCUACCCUCUUCAUUGCAAAGUUUGGUGGAAAAUUUAAAGUGUGAUGGUCAGGAUGCCUUUGAACAUCUUAUUGAGGAAUUCCCAAAUUCUGAUGAUGUAAAGUUGCUAUUACGAAAAGGGGUGUAUCCGUAUGAUUAUAUGGACUGUGAAAGUAAAUUUGAAGAACAUUGUUUACCACCAGCAGAAGCAUUUUAUAACGCUUUAACUAAACAACACAUAUCUGAGCAGGAUUACAAGCACGCGUGUGAUGUGUUUGACCAUUUUGAAAUGACAAGCAUGGGGUCUUAUCACGACCUUUACUUGAAAUGUGAUGUAAUACUUCUAUGUUGUGUAUUUGAAAGGUUUAGAAGUAUGUGUAUGGAGCAAUAUGGUUUGGAUCCAUGUCAUUUUUAUACCAGUCCCGGCUUAAGAUGGGCUAGUUGUUUGAAGAUGACAGGCGUGCAACUAGAGCUGAUGACGGACAUAGAUCAAGUGCUAUUCAUUGAAAAAGGCAUACGAGGUGGAAUAUCACAAAUUUCGAAUAGAUAUAAACAAGCAAAUAAUCCGCUUCUCUCAGAUUAUGAUAGUGAAAAGAAAUUGUCACAUAUUCUAUAUUUAGAUAUGUGCAAUUUGUAUGGAUUCGCCAUGCAACAACCACUUCCAACAUCAGAUUUUAAAUUUUUAAAGAAACGAGAAAUAAAUCAAUUAGACAUUAGGAAUAUUCCAGCGGAUGGGGAGAAAGGUAACAUAUUUGAAGACAAUUUGAGGUAUCCCCCUGAACUUCAUGACAAACACAACGACUAUCCACUAGCACCGGAAAGAAAAGCUAUCUCAGAUGAUAUGCUUUCCCCAUAUGCACAAUACUUAUGGAAAAAACUGCAUCACAAGACAGAAAAUGAAGCAUUACCACCAAGAGUUAAAGUUGAAAAACUGAUUACAUCGUUAGAAGAUAAGGAGAAGUACGUGGUACACUACAGAAAUCUUCAGCUUUACCUAGAGCUGGGGUUGGAGAUAAUGGAAAUUCAUAGAGUACUUGAAUUUACGCAAUCUGCUUGGAUGAGACCAUACAUUGACUUCAACACUGCACAAAGAAAGAAAGCUAUGUCUGUCUUUGCCAAGAACUUCUACAAGCUCAUGAAUAACAGCUGUUUUGGCAAGACUUGA